AUGUCUGCGAGCAAAACAGAGGUAGCAACGGUCAAUGGUGCCAACGGCGUCGACAAUACUCUCUUCGAGACCACGCUCGACAUCUACAAAGGUGAGCGAGCCAAACGACUCCGCCAGGAUGGCAACGCCCAGUACGUCGACAUCCCCAGCUCCGACAAAUACGCCAGGUUCGGCGACGACCCCUGGCAUGACCCCGUCGAGCUGGAUACCACCCCGCUCCUGGAUGUCGCCCACUACCGCAUCCUGAUCGUCGGCGCUGGCUAUGGCGGUCUUAUCUUCGCGGUUCGGCUCCUCCAGGCUGGGUUCUCGCUCGACGAUAUCCUCCUGGUCGACGCGGCGGGCGGCUUUGGCGGCACCUGGUACUGGAACCGCUACCCGGGGCUGAUGUGCGAUGUCGAGAGCUACAUCUACAUGCCGCUGCUUGAGGAAACGCAGUACAUGCCCAAACACAAAUAUGCGGCCGGCACGGAACUGCGCAACUAUGCCAACAGAAUCGCCCAGCAAUGGGGACUGCAUCAGCGGGCGGUGUUCCGCACGACGGCGACGAAGAUGACGUGGGACGAUCAGCACAAGCACUGGAUCGUGCAAUUAACGCACAAAAACGAGAGACGAGAAAGAGAAAUCUCUCUCCAAUCCGACUUCGUGAUCCUAGCUACGGGCCUCCUCACCAUCCCCAAAUUGCCCGUCGUCCCGGGCAUCGAGGACUUCCGCGGCCACAUCUUCCACACCUCGCGCUGGGACUACCGAUACACCGGAGGCUCGCCCGAGAAUCCGGCCAUGACGCAGCUGACAGACAAGAAAGUGGCUAUUAUUGGCACUGGCGCAACCGCCAUCCAGGCCGUGCCCCAGCUGGCCAAAUGGUGUCAGCGGCUGUAUGUCUUCCAGCGCACGCCCUCCGCCGUCGACAGACGGGACAACCGCCCAACGGACCCGGAAUGGUGGGAAAGGGAAGUCGUGUCCAGGGGCAGAGGGUGGCAGCGCGAACGGCAGGAGAACUUCAAUGCGUUCGUCACCAAUGCCUCUCCCAAGCCGUCAGCGAACCUGGUGGGCGAUGGCUGGACGAGUCUGCCUUCGUACAGCGCCGUCAUUGGAGGGCCCAGAAAUCUGGAGCCGGAUUAUGUCAAGUCGCUCAAUUGGAUGGACUUGGUCCGCCAGGAGCGCAUCCGCCAACGUGUCGACGACAUCGUGCAGGACCGACGGACUGCAGCCAGUUUGAAGCCGUGGUAUCAGUCCUGGUGUAAACGGCCGUGCUUCCACGACGAGUACCUGGCCGCGUUCAACCGGGAGAACGUGACGCUGGUCGACACGGACGGCAAGGGAAUCGACCGACUGACGAGCAAGGGGGUCGUAGUCGGCGAGUCAGAGUACGAGAUCGACCUGAUCAUCAUGAGCACCGGUUUCAACGUCAGCGGCGUGACGAGCCCUGCGUCUCGCGGCGGCAUGUCGAUUGUGGGCCGCGACGGCACGUCCAUGGAGCAGAAGUGGCUCGAUGGCAUGGCCACGCUGCACGGCGUCGUCAGCCACGACUUCCCAAACCUCUUCUACCCUGGCCCGAACCAGGCCGGCGUGGUAGCGAACCAGGUCUAUGUCAUCGACCAGCUGGCGACACACAUUGCGUACAUUCUCUCCGAGGCGGUGAAACGGGUUCGCCCGGGACAGAAAGUCUCGGUUGAGCCAUCGCGUGAGGCCGAGGAGGCCUGGUCGAACGUGAUCGUGUCGCGGGCACGGGCGUUGGCUGCCAACGCUGGCUGCACGCCGGGUUACCAGAACAAAGAAGGACAGGCGGACAAGUUCAGCAGUCCAGAGGACGCGAUCAAGGCUGCGAGGAUGGGUCCGUGGGGGAAGGGCAUCCAGGAUUACGUGCGGGUGAUAGAGGAGUGGAGGAGAGAAAGCGACCUGAAGGGGCUGGAGGUGCAUUGUUCGUGA